AUGGCCAAAUCAGUUGUUAGUGCCGUGCUUAGCAAUGUUAGCACACUUGCGGUUCAGGAGACCACGCUCCUGUGUGGAGUCACCCGAGAAGUGGAGUUCCUGAAAGAUGACCUCAAUUCGCUGCAAGGCUUCCUUAGGGAUGCCGACAACAAACAGAGGAUGGGAGAUUCGGGUGUUUCUAUCUUGGUGAGUCAGAUCAGAGAUGCGGCGUAUGAGGCCGACAAUGUCAUCGAAGCCGUUGAGUACAUGCACAGGAGAAACAGGCUCAAGAAAGGAUUCAUGGGUGCCAUUUCAAGGUAUGCUCGCCUACCAACUGAUUUGAGUACCCUUCACAAAGUUGGGUUUGAAAUCAAACGUAUAAGAAGAAAGAUAUCUGAGAUAUUUGAGCGUGCAAACCGUUUGAAGAUAGUUCUUGAUUUGAGCCAUACCUCCAUAGAAAAAAUUGAUGUUGAUGAUGAAUUACAACAAGAUUAUGGUCCUAUUCAUCAAAAGUUUGAAGAUGUUGUUAUGGUUGGUUUCGAGGAUGAGUACAAAGAAAUAGUGGGGAAGUUAGUUGACACAAAGAAGAGUCUUGGUGCUAUCUCCAUCGUUGCUAUGGGUGGUGCGGGGAAAAUAACACUUGCUAGAAAAGUAUACACUUCGUCUAGAGUGAAACAACACUUUGGCACAAUCGCUUGGGUUACAGUAUCUCAAAAGUACAAGGGCAUUGAUUUACUAAAGGAUAUUAUGAAACAAAUUAUGGGGGAUACUGAUGAGUCUACUAGUAAACUUAGUGAACAUGAGGUUGGACAGAAGAUUCAUGAUUUUCUGUUGCAAACAAGGUACUUAGUAGUUCUUGAUGAUGUGUGGGAAACAGAUACAUGGGAGCAACUAAAUAGAAAGGUUAAAGCCUUUCCAGAUGCAACUAAUGGUAGUAGAGUACUAUUAACAACACGAAAGGAAGAUGUUGCAAAUCAUGUUCAAAUGGCAACCUAUAUUCAUCAUCUAAAGAAGUUAGAUGAAAAGAAAAGCUGGGAGAUUUUUAGUAGCAAAGCUUUACCACCAUACAAAAUGUCUGUAAUAUGUGAUGUGGAUGAGUUUGAAAAACUUGGGAGAAAGCUUGCAAAGAAAUGUGAUGGAUUACCACUUGCCCUUGCAGUUUUGGGGGGGUAUCUAUCAAAGAAUUUGAAUGUAGAAGCAUGGUCUAAUAUACUCUUGGAUUGGCCAUCAACCAAAGAUGGGCAAAUGAUGCGAGUAAUACUAGCUCGUAGUUACAAGGAUCUUCCAAAUCAUUAUUUGAGAUCUUGUUUUCUCUAUUUUGCUGGUUUCCCUGAGGAUUACAUAAUAUCUGUGUCGGAUCUUAUCGAAUUAUGGAUAGGAGAAAGCUUCAUUCCACACAUAAGAAAUCAUCAACUAGAAGAAACAGCACAUAAGUACGUGAAGGAGUUGGCUCAGAGAAGCUUGGUUCAAGUUGUUGGAGUAAGCACGGUACAUGGACGGAUCGAAGCAAUAAGGAUUCAUGAUAUCUUACAUGACUGGUGCAUAGAAGAAGCAAAACAAGAUGGUUUUCUUUGUGCCAUUGACAAAACUGCAGGGCAUGCCUAUACACCAUCAUCGGAUAACAUUAUAUCUUAUCGUUAUCAAUUUCAGACUUUGAGUGGUGAUAUUUUAACAACAACACCUAAUGCCCGAAGUCUUCUUGGCUUCGACGCAACUGUGUCCCUUCCUGAGCUGAGAUUCCUGAGAGUUCUUUGCAUUGAAGAGUCAAAACUACAAGAUUUCUCUAGUCUAAUUGGUGGGUGCAUUCACCUAAGAUUGCUUAGGUUGAAAAAUUGUGGGCCUAUCACACUCCCUUCAUCAAUUGGAAAUCUCCUUUACUUGCAGACCAUAGAUGUAAGAGACACACCACUGUUGGGACAUGUACCAAAAUCCCUCUGGGGUAUCUCUACUCUUAGGCAUGUUUACCUACACGGUGCUUGGUUUUCUCCACCACCACCUACAAGUAGUGUGCGACGGCAGCAGAAAGAGCUCCAGACCAUUGAUUUAAAUCUUGGAAAUGUUAUAACUAAUUUCCACAAUCAUGACAUGGUGGUUUUCUUCAGCCAGAUGAAUCAACUAACAAACUUCUCCUUGUCGAAGAACCACAUACCCAAGGAGCUGAUUUGCAUAUUUGCAAACAUGCCUCACCUUGUUGAUAUUUAUCUCUCCAAAUUUGGUGUACUUGAUAACUUUCCCACUGAGUUCCCACAAAGCCUACGACGUCUUGUUCUAUGUGCUAAUGUCAUAAUAGAAGACCCGAUGCCGAGCCUGGAGAAGCUUCCUUGUCUUGUGGUGCUGGAGUUGAGGGGGUACAAUGGUGAAACUAUGAGUUGUUGUGUCGAAGGGUUUCCUCGGCUGCAAGAGUUAAAACUUGUUGAUUUUUUGACUGCUGAGUGGAGGAUGGAGGAUGGAGCAAUGCCAAAGCUUUUCCACUUGACACUUCAGGAAUGCGAGAAGCUCAGGAAGCUCCCAGAGGGGUUGCUUCACCUUCCGUCCCUCAGUCACCUAGAACUGGGCGCUAUGCCCCAGAUUUCUGAAGAGGACAUCACACUAAAGGGGCUGUGGCGGAAAGGGUGCAUGGCCGAGGCGGGGACCCGGCCAUGGGGCAGUGCUACCUCGCGCGGCGCCGCUGAGCAGAGACGUACUCGCCGGUCCCGGCCAGCGCCGCAGACGCCGCCGUCGCGGCCCCCCACGCCGGCCGCCGCGGCCGGGACCGGGACCCCGCACCACCGCAACUCCGGAUCGACCACGCCCGCGCACCAGACGCCCGGGGUCGCCUGGCCCAGCCCGUACCCCGCGGGGCACCAGCCCGCUGCCGGCCGGGGUGUCGCCUUCACCGGCCAGGUCCACGCCCAGGUGGUUCUUCAAGCGCCCCUUCCCGUCGCCCUCGCCGGCCAAGCACAUCAAGGCCACGGGCGUCCCCGACGUGCGUGGAGAUGUUGCGCGCAUGCUGAGGAGCCGAUCCGCGCAGGCGAGGAGGACGUCCUGUCCAGCGCGUCGGAGAAGGACGACGCAUUGCAGUCGUCGCUGCUGGCCUCGCUCCCGUUGCCGUAG